AUGGCGGCGGCGGCGGCGACUCCUGGGGGCGGCGAGGUGGCUUUAAAGCCCCGCACAUCCCCCAAGUCGGUCAAGUUCUUGUUCGGGGGCCUGGCUGGGAUGGGGGCCACCGUUUUUGUGCAGCCUCUAGACCUGGUGAAGAACCGAAUGCAGCUGAGUGGGGAAGGGGCCAAGACCCGGGAAUACAAGACCAGCUUCCAUGCCCUCACCAGCAUCUUGAGGAACGAAGGGCUUCGAGGCAUCUACACGGGGCUGUCUGCCGGGCUCCUCCGCCAGGCGACCUACACGACUACUCGCCUUGGCAUUUACACCGUUCUCUUUGAGCGCCUGACUGGGGCAGAUGGGACACCCCCUGGCUUCUUGCUGAAGGCUGUGAUUGGCAUGACAGCAGGCGCCACAGGAGCCUUUGUGGGAACACCUGCUGAAGUUGCCCUGAUUCGUAUGACCGUGGAUGGUAGAUUGCCACUGGAUCAGCGUAGAGGCUACAAAAAUGUUUUUGAUGCACUCUUGAGGAUUGCCCGGGAAGAGGGUGUCCUUACCCUUUGGAGGGGUUGUAUUCCUACCAUGGCUAGAGCCGUCGUUGUCAAUGCUGCCCAGCUUGCUUCUUAUUCACAGUCUAAACAGUUCCUCUUGGAUUCAGGGCACUUCUCUGACAACAUCUUCUGUCAUUUCUGUGCCAGUAUGAUCAGUGGUCUAGUCACCACAGCAGCCUCUAUGCCUGUGGACAUUGUUAAGACCAGGAUCCAGAAUAUGCGAAUGAUUGAUGGGAAGCCCGAGUACAAGAAUGGACUGGACGUGCUGGUAAAGGUCAUUCGAUACGAAGGAUUCUUCAGCCUCUGGAAGGGAUUCACCCCUUACUAUGCCCGGCUUGGCCCCCAUACUGUCCUCACCUUUAUCUUCCUGGAGCAGAUGAACAAAGCCUACAAGAAGCUCUUUCUCAGUGGUUGAGGAGCCCCAAGGGUGCCUGAGGACCAGGAGGAC